GCAGUACUUCUGGUGAGACCCAAAGCUUCAGUUCUGCACCACCAAGAAAGCAAUUGAGCAGCUAGCUGCUUGCGAUGAAUAAGAUAAGGAUCGAGAAGAUAGAGAACCUGCCGGCGAGGCAGGUGACGUUUUCGAAGAGGAGAAAAGGACUGUUCAAGAAAGCCGGAGAGUUAUCGGUUCUUUGCGACGCUGAGGUUGCUGUUAUUCUCUUCUCUUCUACUGACAAGCUCUAUGAGUUCUCGACCUCCAGCACGGUGGAUGUCAUUGCAAGGUUCAAACUGUGCACUGAAGAUGUGGAAGAGGGGGACCAGCAGUCACCUAAUGAGCUCCAGUUGGUGACUGAUGAGUGCAUGAGGUUGAAUAUGGAGCUUGCGGAAAAGAACCACAAGCUAAGGCAUAUGGAGGGGCAGGAUCUGGAAGAGCUGAAAAUAGAUGAGUUGCAGAGAUUGGAGAAUAUGAUUGAAGGAGGACUUAGCCGCGUACUUCAAACUAAGGAUCAGAGGAUUAUGAGUCAGAUUCUGGCACUUGAAACAAAGGGAGCAGAGUUGACAGAAGCAAACAACCUAUUAAGGCAGAGGUUAGGAACGCUAUCAAAUGGAGAUGGAAAUAAAGCUAGUGGCGUCCUUUCGGAUCCGGGGAUCUCAACUGAUGAAGAAGAUAUGAGAUCAGGAUCUUGCACAAUUGCCACCAGCUGUUUUAGUACUGGCUCUUCGAGUUCGUCCAUGGAUGACUCCUCCUCUGAGUACACCUUGUCUCUCAAACUUGGGCUUCUUCCUCGCUGAGCUAAAACAUGGAAGGAAAUAUGGCAUAAUUAUUAGUGAAUAAGGUGGAAUUAUAUAAUACACCAUUUUGGAUCGUUGUCUGUGGUGUGUCGAAUUUGAUUCCAAAUUCGAGGACAUGACUAGAAGGGUGAGUAACUUGCCUCUCAAGUUUAUUUUUAUCUGUUACAGUUGCAGUUGUGUAAUGCACUUAGAUAAUAAUACCUAGUCUGGGAGCUAGGUUGAAAUAACAUAUUCUGACGAAUAGUUUUUACAUGUAAACAAUGUCAGUUUGGAUCUUUCGGUUCUGAA